AUGGCAGAAGGUUCCGAAAACUCCAGUCAGCUAGUGGGAGAAUCGCCACAAGCUGAAUUGAAAACGACAAACUCGACAGCUUUUGAGAGCAAAAAUGCUGUGAUAACAUCGAAGAAAUUGAAGUCGAAACCAACAUCAAAACGAUUGAAUGAUGAUAACUCGCCGGCAGUCAUUGCAAUGUCUAAUCUGAGAUGUCCUUCCCCCCCUCCUAUUCUUCAGCAUCCCGCUUUAGCGUCUCAAGUAGAUCAAUCAGUACAACCAUCAUCCAAAGAAGGGGAAAACCUUUCUGGAGUGACGUCGAAGUCUUCAAAGCACGACUCGGUGGACUCCUUGCCUCUGUCUGAUAUUGCGUCUGCGGCAAUUGAUUCUUCGGCUGAUAAGAAUGGUGCAUCAGGAUUAGGCGGGACUAAUCAAGUUCAAGAGCCAGUAUUAAAUGUAUCCAAAUUAACGCAGUCACUCAGGAAGAAUUCUGCCAAACAUGAAGGGCUGCGAUCCAACUCACCAGUGGUGAGGCACGACGAAGACGAUAUUCUUGCAAUGCCUGCUCCACAACAUCAGCGAACCACAUCUAUGCAUGCUCACUUCUCUGUUGAGGAUAUCAUGAAACAUCCUAAUGCUCGAUCGAGAUCUGGUUCAGCAUCUACCAACGAUUUAGAGGCUCCGCAUCAUAUAGCACCGCCAUUACCUCAAAUAAAGCCCAAUGAAAUUGCACAUCCGGCAACAUCUGUUCCGACGACUUCAACAGAUGUGCAUCUGAGAUUACCUCAGGAUGAUGGCAAACUUCAUAUCCUUUUUGGUGCUUGUGGGUCUGUUUCGAUAAAGAAAACGAGGCUGAUCAUCAACAAACUUGAACAGAUUUACAAGGACAAUGUCUCUAUUCAGUUAAUACUGACAAAAGCUGCGGAGCAUUUUGUAUCCAGAGGUGAAUUCCCAGCCAAUGUACAAAUAUGGAGAGAUAAAGACGAAUGGUCCGUCUGGAAUAGCAGAACAGAUCCCGUUCUUCACAUUGAACUAAGACGAUGGGCAGAUGUUUUGAUUAUAGCUCCUCUAAGCGCCAAUACCAUGUCCAAGAUUGCUAUGGGUUUAUGCGAUAAUCUUUUAACAAACGUUGUUAGGGCAUGGAACACCCAGUAUCCAAUUAUUCUCGCACCAGCUAUGGUUUCCUUUGCGUACACAUCCCCUGUCACUAAAAGACAUGCCAAAACAAUCAAAGAAGAUAUGAAGUGGAUAGAAAUUUUGAAGCCGACAGAGAAGGUGGUGAGCAGUUACGGAGAAAUAGGAAUGGGUGGAAUGAUGGAUUGGAACGAGAUUGUAGAUAAAAUUGUUCAAAAAUUGGGAGGAUAUCCUGAAGAUGAAGAUGACGAUGAUGAUGAGGGCGAAGACGAUGUAAAAGGUGGAGAAGAUGAAGAGGAUGAAGGAGAAGAGGAAGACGAAGAAAAAGAUGACGAAGAAGAUGACGAUGAUGACGAUGAUGGCGAUAAUGCUGAGGAGUCAGAAGAGCCCAACGAACCACCGUUGAUAAGCGGUAUAAGAAAGUUAACAGUUGCGGAAGAAGAUGAACUUAGCGAAGCGAUAGAAAGAGGCAAUUAUUCGGGCCCAUUACACAACAAGGUCACUCAGUAA